AAACAUGAUGAGAUGGGGAAGCCAGGGCAUCAUCACUUAAUCUUGCUUCUCUUCAUCUUGUUUUCAUGUCUGAGCAUUGGGCAAAACAAAGUCUAUGCUCAGGGAACCACCACUUCCAACAAAUCUAGAAACACCACUAGUUCAUUUGAUGUUGGCGUGAUUCUUGACACUAAGACAUGGCUGGGAAACAUAAGCUGGAGCUGCAUGUCCAUGGCCAUGGAGGACUUUUACAAUUCUCACUCAAACUUCACCAAAAGGCUCUCUCUUCAUUUGCAAGAUGUCAACAAGGAUGAUCGUAUUGCUUCUGCUUCUGCAGCUCUUGAUCUUUUGAAGAAUGUUCAAGUGCAAGCUAUAAUUGGACCACAAACAUCAAGACAAGCUAAGUUUGUGAUUGAGCUUGGAAACAGUGCUCAAGUUCCAAUCAUCUCUUUCACUGCUAAGAGCUCUUCUCUUUCAACAAAGAAGUCUCCAUACUUCAUCAGGACUGGAAUGAAUGAUGCUUCUCAGGCCAAAGUCCUUGCUUCUCUUGUUCAAAACUUUGGAUGGAGACAAGUAGUCCUGAUCUAUGCAGACACCGAGUUCGGGAACGGAAUUAUACCGCAUGUCAUCGAUGCCCUUAUUGAGAUCGAUGCCCCGUAA